AACUCAAACAGCUGCGCGAAAGGAACCAAGAAAGCUGCAGCUAUAUGCGACGACUACCGGAGGCUGCGUCCUUGGCGAAUUGCUUUUAUGUCGCGUGUUCCCACGCGAUGCUUCCUGUCAGAUUUACUUUCUCCUUCCCACUGUCGUACCCUGAUCUUCACUCUCUCCUGUUGAUCAUCCCUCCGCUGUUGAUAUUCUUAGUUGGAUUGACUGUCCAUACAACCAUCCAAGAUGGGUAUGGGAGCAGGGACUGAGGCCGUCUCUGGGAGGCGUGCUGAGCUCGCUGGUAACCGCGUCGGAUGGCGUGGGCUCAUGAGCAGCAAGAAGACCUUUGCGAUUGCGCUCUUCGCGUCGCUGGGUGGCUUUGUCUAUGGAUACAACCAGGGAAUGUUCUCGGAGAUUCUAACCAUGUCGUCUUUCAUUAAAGCUACCGACGGAUAUGCAGCGCGGACCGGUCUCAAACAGGGUAUGCUUACGUCUAUCCUAGAGCUGGGUGCUUGGGUUGGUACACUGUUGAACGGUUAUCUCGCCGAUGCUCUUGGUCGUCGUCAGACUGUUGUCGUCGCUGUGUUCAUCUUCUGCAUUGGUGUGAUUGUCCAGGCUUGUACCAAGGACGCCGGAUACAUUUUCGGAGGUCGCUUCGUAACCGGUCUGGGAGUGGGUAACUUGAGUAUGAUCGUGCCUCUGUACAAUGCGGAAUUGGCCCCUCCGGAAAUCCGUGGCUCUCUCGUCGCUGUACAGCAGCUUUCCAUUACCUUCGGUAUCAUGGUCAGCUUCUGGAUCGGUUACGGUACCAACUACAUCGGGGGUACGGGUGCUGGUCAGUCCAAAGCGGCAUGGGAAAUCCCUGUGUGCAUUCAGAUCCUUCCGGCGCUCGUCCUAGCUCUCGGAAUGGUUUUCUUCAUGCCUCAGUCCCCUCGUCAUCUCAUGAACCAAGGCCGAGAUGAGGAGUGUUUGCACACACUUGCCCGCCUGCGUGAUGCACCUACUGACGACAUCCUGGUCCGCAUUGAGUACCUGGAGAUCAAGUCUCUUAAGAUGUUCGAGGAGGAAACCGCCAAGAAGAAGUAUCCCCAGUACCAGGAUGGAUCGUUCAAGAGCCGCUUCAUGAUGGGUCUGUACGACUAUGCGUCCCUAGUGACCAACAAGUCACUGUUUAAGCGGACCACGGUUGCUUGCCUGAUCAUGACCUUUCAACAAUGGAACGGGAUCAAUGCCAUAAAUUACUACGCGCCUCAGGUCUUCGAAAAUCUUGCCUUAGGCGGCAACACUACCUCGCUACUGGCGACCGGUGUCGGCGGCAUUUUCGAGUUCGUCUUCACGAUCCCUGCUGUCCUCUGGGUUGACAACAUUGGUCGUAAGAAGAUUCUGAUCGCCGGUGCCAUUGGCAUGGCGAUCUGCCAUUUCAUCUGUGCUGGUCUCAUUGGCUCGUACGAGGGAACGUUUGGGGAGCACAAGAGCGCCGGAUGGGCGACGGUGGCUUUCGUGUGGAUUUUCAUCAUCAACUUUGCCUACUCCUGGGGUCCGUGCGCUUGGAUUGUGGUGUCGGAGGUCUUCCCGCUGAGCAUGCGUGCCAAGGGCGUCAGUAUCGGCGGUAGCAGCAACUGGCUAAACAAUUUUGGCGUUGGCCUGGCUACUUCCCCCUUCAUCGCCGCCUCUACCUACGGUACCUUCAUCUUCUUCGGCUGUGUCACCGUUAUCGGCGUGUUUUACGUGUGGUUCUUCGUCCCCGAAACCAAGGGACGUACACUGGAAGAGAUGGACGAGCUCUUCGGAUCCGAGGGCAUGGCAGCCGAGGACGAGGCACUCCGGCAGCGGAUCGACCGCGACAUCGGGCUCACGGCACUUCUCCACGGCGAAAUCAUCGAAUCUACCGACAAAGUUCCCGAGAAAGCCGUCCACGAAGACAAUGUGAUUGUGAAUCCUCCCUCGGCAUAAGCCGCCCGCACAAGUCAGGCUAAAGUGGUGGCACUCCGGAACGAUGAAACCCCAGGCAUUCAUCUCCCGCCCUUUAGCCUUUAGCCGUAAUCCCUUAGCUGAUACCCAAUCCUAUUAAUAUAAUCUCACCUCCCAAAGCCCACUUAGGCUAUAUUCCCCUGCAGAGCACACAAC